UUUUGUUAAAUCGAUGUUUUGAUGUUUUUGGCCGAAAAUGGAAAGGCUGGGGCUGCGCGGCACCCACUUCCUGAAACACCUGUCAGGCAGUUUUGCCGUGUGCCAGGUUCGUCCCAUGCAGAUCAGCUGCUCAGGUACCCUGCAGGCCAUCCAAGGCGAGAUCCUCACCCUCAGCUGCUCCUUCUACUCCACCAGCCCCGCCAGCAGCCGUACCUCUGUGGAAUGGUCAUACCGACCAAAGGGAGGUGGCGACACACUGUCGGUGUUUCACUUCAUUUCCCAGCCAUACCUACCCAAAGAGGGCAGCUUCAUGGGCCGCAUAAAGUGGCCGGGGAACCUCGCCAGAGGCGACGCCUCCCUCCUGCUCCUUAAUGCUUCCCUUAGCGACAACGGUACCUACACCUGUGCUGUGAGGAACCCCCCCGGCGAUGUCCACGGAUCCCCGUGCCAGACUGAGCUCACAGUCACUCCUAGAGGGACGAGCGUACGCUUCUCGGACAUGGCAGUCUUGAUGGCGUUCAUCCUGAUACCCUCAGCCAUCAUCACGUUGGUGUUGCUGGGUUCAAUUUGCUGCUCCCAGCACAAGAAGACUACAGUCAGGCGUUCACCCAUCGAAGUCACUGAUGUAGAGGAGUUUGGCUACAGCAGGCACAAAAUGAAAAAUGGCCCCUUCCCUUGUUGUGAGCUGUACUUGCAGGAAUCAGUCAAUGAUGAGGAAUUCUGUCCAUGCACAGAGAAGCAUGAAAAAGGAGCCAUUGCUGAAUCUCAGUGCUAAUAGCUGUCGUCGCUGGGAAGGUGCACGUCCCUCAGUUUGAAAAGAGAACUGAGACUAGAGCGUGGCUCUAUGCUAAAAUUGCUAAGUCAGUCUUAAUUCCUGCUGAUACUUAAAAUGCCUGUUCUUGUUUCCAUGUUUCUAUGGCUACGAGGUUGAAGCUUGAUGACUAAACUUGAUGCUGUAAUCUCAGGGAGCCUCAGACAGUCCACGUAAUUGCUCCUUCCCAGCUCUUGGUAAGCUCCCAGCUGAGGGAGCAAAAAUGCGGACUGUCCGGUAACGAGCAUGGAGGGAGCAAAAACAUGGACCAUCUGCAGGUCUCUGUAGACCAGGUUGAGAAACACUGCUGUAACCAAAAGGGGUUUGCCUUUGAGUUACCUAUCUCCUUUACUUUUUCAGGAGAACCUAUGUAUAUACAAACAAGCCAAACAUAAACAGUGACCCUGUAUAGCACAAAGCAUUAGUUGUAUUGAUUGUACUAUUUUGUUGUAAGAUCAGUCUGUUCAUUUUGAUUUUGGCAAUUUUGCAGUUAUUUAUUUUAUGAUUUUUGCACACUGUCACUCAGAGACGUGCCAUUAAUAGCCUCGAUGUACAUUAUGCACUUCUGUUUCAGUACAUGUGGAUUUCUGCAGGUUAACUUAAGAUUUGUACAAACCUGGCGAUAAACUACUUUCUGCUGUGAUGUUUCUGGUGCACAGGGGCUGAUACUGGAAGCGUGUGAUUGUGGUUCUUUAGUGUUUUAUCAUGUUCUCAUCAUUGCUGAUCUUGUACUCGCUGAUGUUCUCUGUGCUUCAUGACCAGUGUUGCAGGCAUCUCCUGGCUUCAGUAUCCAGCAUAUAUGUAACUUUCAGUGGUUUUUCACCUUAUAGUGCAUCUCUAGAAACUUUUAGAUCCUGCUCAUAUGAACUGUUGCGUCAAAAAUUAUCCUAAUUAAAAUUAUUAAAUUAUAAUUAUUAUAUCAUUAACAUGGAAUAUUGUGUCUGUCAGCUGCUUGUUCCAGAAAAGAGAAGCGGCUGUCAAUUUCCUUUUUUGUUUAGUAUUUGACUGCACUGAUAUUGAUGCAUAUAUAUUAUUUAAAAAGUUAAAGUGCAAUAAGCUGAGUUAAGUCUUGUUAAAGUAAAUGAUCAGCAUUGAACAAUCUGAGGUUGAACAUGAAUGAGUUAAUGAUCAUGAGUGACUGCAUGGGAAGUUUUUUAUCUAGAUGUUUUGCCACUUUGGGCUCUGUGGCCCUAGUGGUUUUGACAGCAUAGCGAAAAGUUUGGUUUGUGCUGCUCAACUGCCACAAAAAACAGUUACUUUGAAUCUAAGCAGGGUGUGAGAUGAGGUGGGGGAUGCACGCACAUGGAUGAUGGGAAACAAAUACUUCCGUCUGGUUCUUAUAAGUCUCAUUACCUUGUGUCUGAGCUGAAGCUUGAUGAAAGACCAUGUGAAGGGCCCUUUGUUGGUGUAGUCCGCUAGCACAGGUAAGUUUUACACUAAGAUACCUAAUAAUCAAUGAUCAGUUCUUCAUUAUUGCUUGCCUAAAGGGUGCAUAGCGCUGUGUUUUUUUCUAUGGAACUCAAGUGUGCUUCGUGUUGAAUAUAAUUGUCUUGUAGUGUGAUAGCUGUGAAGAACACAGAGUGAACUAUGAGUAAUGAACAUUUUAUCUUCUCCGUAGCAUCUGGAUUUUUAUUUCUGUGUGUAUUUUCUAUUCCUGCGGAAGUAGGUGGGUUUUUCCCUUUUGUUCUCAAGCAUUGUGAAACCCAGUUAUGUCUAGGCAUGGUAAGCUCUGACUGUCCAUGAUAAGUGAUGUGAGAAGCAAAAUAUGGCGCGAGUAGCAUAGACCAUGGGUGCACAAAUAAUGUAUGGGCUCAAAUUUCAAUGCUUAAUGGCUUUAUUUGUUAAAAAAAAAUGUUAACAAUUACCUGGGGAGUGCAUGGAGAUGCCCUUUAAUUCCGGCGUUCUGAUGACACUCUUGAAUCGUGUUGAACGUUUUCCUUGCAGACCCUGUCAUUCACUAAACCCACUGAACACACUCAACUUUUGCAGCCGCCUGCAGUUUUGUAUGCAGGUUUCAGCUGAAAGUUGGUGUGAAACACAGGGUGAGUGGCAGGUCCGUGGCAGUGAGGCGUUAAACUGUACUUGUUGAAGUGGUGUGACUUGCUUUGCACAUUAAUAUAUUUUUUCUCUCAUUUAGCUAGCCAAUGAACAUUACUUUAACCGUAAUCACUGUACUUGUAUAUGGUUAAAAUGGCACACACAAGAUGCAGGCUAAUAAAUGUGUUUUUAUAUUGUCUGUUUUUCGUUGGUGACAGAUUUUUGACGAAUGCAGCACCUUGCCUGGAUAGUUGUGAUAUUUUGGGGUGAGAAUCAUAUAUAACAUGGAAAGGUGAAAGAAAAAACCAUCAAAGUCACUUUUUGACUGCUGUGCUUAAUAAAUACCUGCUUAUUUUAUUUACCAGAAACAAUUCACGGUUUUAUUAUUUCACUUGUGGAUAUACAUUGAAUAAUUAAAAUUAAAUAUUAUGGCUAAA